AUAUUAGUCAGAAAACAUCAAUUAAUACGAAUUCUUUAUAUAUAAUUGUUUCAUAUUUUCAAAAAAACGAGGUUCAAGUUUCAUUUGAUGUAAUAAACUUGUAUCCAUCAAUACUACUAAAGGAAGCCACUUUAGUUCUUAUAGACCAAUUAAAAAAAGAUGAUUCCUACAAAUAUUCUACCAAACUUACUAUAUCUGAAACAAGACAACUCAUAGAGCUUUGUUUACACCGUUGUUAUUUCCUUUGGAAUAACGAAAUCCAUGAACUUAAGAAUUCUGAUCCUAUAGGUCUUUUAUUUAUGGUCGUACUUGCAGAAUCAUUUUAAUAACAUCAUUAACAAAAAGCUAUCAAAAUUGCAAUAGCAUUAAAUCCUUCUCUUGACCUAAAAUCCUAUCUAAGAUAUGUCGAAGAUAGUCACGCUAGAUUUUCCAACACUCAAGAAGCAGAACAAUUCCUAACUAUCUUAAACAAACAACACCCUGCAAUACAAUAUACAAUCGAAACUGAAAGCAAAAAUAGAACUCUAAACUUCCUCGAUUUAACCAUAAUAAAUAACAACAAAGAAAAAUACGAGUUUAAAGUUUACAGAAAGGAAGCCAUUACUAAUAUCCAAAUUAAACAUCACUACAAUCAUGACCCUAAAAUUCUAAACGCAAUAUUUAAAGGUUACGUUCGCAGAGCUUAUUCUUUAUGCAGUAAUUUAUAUUUACAAGAUGAGAUUAAUUUCUUUAUUCAAAUGUUUAACAAAAAUGGGUACAACUUAUGCCAACUUAAACGAAUUGCAAAAUUAUUUGGAAAUAAACGGUCGCUAAAAAUCAAUAAAAUUCAAUCAGACUCUCUUAACAUCCCUACUUUAUCGUUGCCGAGGAUACCAUCACUAUCCCCAAAACUAAGGAAAAUAUUUCGGAAAGCUGGCUAUAGAGUAGUUUUCAAAUCAGCCGUGGCGCAGUGGUAGCGCACUUGCCUCAGAAACAAAAGAAACAUAAAAAUGCUUGAAGUUAAUUAUAUGUUCAAAAGCUGUCAAAAUAAAAUGGUGAAUUGAGUUUAAAUUAACUAGAAAAGAUAUAAACGUUAUCUUUGGUAUUCAACUUGUAAGAAUGCUCCAAGAACCACUUAGUUGGAGAAGGAAAACUGUGUGGAACGAACUGUUGAAUAGCACUUUAAAUACGUCAUGGCACCACGCACCCUUGUGAGAUAUUUGUAUUUCUGAGUUCAGACUUGAACACAUUUGAAUGCAAUUUUUUGAAGAAUUUAGAAGAAAUAUGUUCGCCCCCAAAAGAUUUUAUAAUGCAAAAUUUAAACUUAAUGAAAGAAAGUAUAAUAAGAAGUCUCCGUGAACGAUUGUUUUACGAAGUACUGGAUAGCUUUACUAGUGAAUAAUUCAGAGAGAUUAACAUUACGUUAGACUCAGAAAAUCCAAUGGAUAAAAAUCUUCCUAAACGGUACAAAACAACCAAAUGUUUAGAAGAUAUAUUUAUCUUCUCGAUAACUCUAUGCGAAAAUCAGUUGCACAAAGAGAUCUCAAAGACAUUAAUCUCUUUCAAGAAUAUAGAAACUGCGCACUUUGACGAUAAGUUUUUAGCUUUAUCAUUAAAAGAUUUAUUACAAAUUUCAAAUUCAAUCCAGAUCGAAAAUAUAGAAAUAAAAGUGGAAUUAGGUUUGUUAAAAGAAAAAAUAAGUAUACAAAAUGAGCUUAUUCAAGACCUAAAAAUCAACUGAGUCAAAACAUAAAUAAUAGUUCAAAUCCACACCAUAAAAACACGUGCUCAAAAUCUAUUGCUGAAGUUACACAAAACUUCAAUAAGUCUUGCGGUAAAUUAUCUGAAAAUAUCCCCAAAGUAUCAAAUGCAAAUACUGAAAAAGUAAAAUCCGGCUUUCGAAUUAUAACACGCUAAGUGAAAAUAAAAAUUCCGAACUCACCGCAAAUGUUGCAAAAGAUAUUUUAUACAGAAAUCCAACCGCAUAAUGUCAACACGUAUGCAAAGAUUGUGGCUCAAAAACAACAGACCACAGAUAAAACUAAACAUUCAAAUUUUGGAUUUAAAGAAAAACUUUCAAAUAUUGAUAAUAAUCCAAAUAGUUUUAUUUUAGUUGGCAAAAAUAAUAAACCUCCCCGCCAAACAAGUAUUAUACCCUUAGAAAAAAAACAUAGAUUAAUUGAGUAUGUAUUUGGAACAAAAAUUCCGGGAAAUGAAACUAUUGCUGGUAAUCGAAUAAUUCGCAAUUUUGCAGUAUUUAUAGGUGGUGUAAGCAACCGAAUAAAUGAAGAACAUCUUAAACUGUAUAUGGAAACUGAAUUAGGUAUCACGCCUAUAUCAAUUACUCUAAACAGAGAAAAUGAGUUUAAUAGAUCAUAUAGAAUCUCUGUAAAUAAUUCAGAAAAAGGUAAAAUUUUCAACCCUUCGUUAUGGGAUAAUAAUAUCAUUAUUAAACCGUUCCGGAAAAGGCGCAUAUAUUCUAAUGUGGAUCAACAUUUUGUAUCUAACUUGAACCAGAAAAAAUAUUACUAACUAAAAUGGCUUCAAACAACAUAUUAAAGGAAGAAAAUCUUCCAAAAACGUUUAGUUUGUGUACAUUUAAUUGUCAGGGACUAAAAUCAAAUAUUAAAUAUACUGAGACCCUAAUAAUUUCUCAUGACAUAACAUUUCUGUGUGAACACUGGAUAUCAAAACUCGAAUAUUCUAUUAUCAAAAACAUUUGUAAAAACUCCCACUCGUUAUAUUUCAGCCAGGCAAAUAAACACGAACAGAGUCGACCAUUUGGUGGAAAUGCCUUUUUUAUAAGAAAGAAUCAAUUUCAAAAUAUCAUAUCUCUUUACGAAGAUGAGAAUAUAUUUGUAAUAAAGUUAAAAAAAAAUUAUAUCGACAUUAUUGUAGUUGGCAUUUAUCUAACCUUGUCACGAAACAAUCAAAAAUCAUUGGAAAAAUACAAAAGUCAAUUAGAUAUACUUAAAGGAAUUAUAAAUAGUCAUAAGGGUAAUGGCGAAGUAAUUAUACUAGGAGAUUUCCAGUCAUUUCCGCACGGAAUUUACGAUCUAUUCGAAAGAACUAGCUCUAAGAGAAAUAAUUAUUCUUUAAUUUUAUCUGAAUUUAUUGAAUCAAACGAAUUAGAAUUAGUCGACGUAACUAAAGGCUCUGGUCCUGCAAUCACAUAUCAACAUCUUACAUUACUAAAUACAUCGUAUAUUGAUCAUAUAGCUAUUUCAAAGCAUACAUCUCUUCUUGUAUAUAAAUGUAUCGUUAAUUCUCCUUUCUUUCAAAAUGUAAGUGAUCACUUGCCGCUAUCAAUUUCAAUAGGAAUUAAAGGUCAUUAUUCACAAAAAAGGUCAUUAUUUACAAGAAAAUAUAAACAAAAUAACAGAGGAUUAUAGCACUCCAACUUAUCUCUGGAGUAAUCUAGACUUUAUAAACUUAUAUAAGGAUCACUUAAAUACAAGUUUCAAUAAUCUUAUCCUUAUUGGUAAUUUUGAAAAUGAACUUGCCCAAAUCUAUACUACUAUUACUAAUAGUGGAGCAUGGACU